GAUUGUAGAUCAGUCUUCUGUUACUACAUAUUCAUUUCGAUUUCUUAUUCGACUGAGAAGUUGCUUCAUGAACACAUAUAUAUGUAUGAGAUCUCAACAUAUUACCUCGAGACACUCUUGAAGAACUGCUCGAGUCUGAUACGGGAGAAUACUUUGAAUAUAAACAUCCUUCCUUGUACUAUGAUUAUCUUGGGUAUCCUUAUGUAAAGUUACAAUUUGAUACCCAUUAAACAAGUACUCAGAACUCAUUGGUCAUGCAUAUACGACCUCAACUCAAGCUUGUGAAGUUGACGAAUCUAAAGAGAGUCCUCUGAACAAUCCGCUCACGACAUGUACGCCAAUAGUCAUGCAAAUCUCACAAGUCACUGCAUGAGACCAAUUGGUUAUUCAUAGACACAUUAUUCCUGAUGGUUUGGCAUUGCCGCAGCUUCGGACUGCCAUUCACUCAUGGGACGAGGCGAGCAAAACUUGAACUUGCUUCCUUUCCUUAGGUGGCUACUGUUCUUCGUUAAGGAUCACUCAAAUCUACAACUCCAUUACUUUUUCUACAAAUAUGACGAGCGAUAAGUUCUACAGUGUCAUUUCCCUACAUUUCAUAGAGGAAUCAUAUGCUUUCUUAUGUGAGACUAGUCUAUUUCAAUCUACACCCGGAUCCGUGAUGCGUUCUCAUUUUCUUGUUGGUAUAAGAUGUCAAUCUUCCCGAGUACCAAUGUCAUCGCUCCUCACAACUACAAAGUCAUUAUACAUGGGCAUUUUACAGAUUAAAGCUGCUCGAGGCUAUGAUAUUGAAUCACAUAGACAUACUGAUACCACAGCUCAAAAACGAGAGUUCCAGAAAAACAUCACCCUAGAUAUCAUUUCCUGGUUUAGAACAUGGCUUUCAUCGACGAGCUUAAUUUUAGUAAAUAUUUUCACCCAUUCUAUCAUGAUGAAUACACCAUCUCAUCGAUGCCUUUCAACACGUCAUGAAUUUCCGAGCCCAAGCCGUAGUUCCCAUCUUCUAGAUCUAGACUUCUUCCGGUAAUUCAUCGUCUCGAGAGUCGCCCAUGAAAACCGCGUUGCCUGCAGCAAUCCCUUCAUAAUUUUACCCAGGAAAGAUUGAGUCGGAUUUCACUAAAAGACUGGAAGUAUUCAGAUUUCACGACAUGUUUCUUCAAUGCUCAUACGGACAAUCAUCGUGUAUUGACAAAUACCGAAAUGAAAAAUGCUACUGUAGAUAUAACG